GCAGGGAGACAGCUCUGUAUAGUAACAGCCAGUGAGUCUUUCUCUUUAUUUCUCUGCUGAGCCGGGGAAGAACCUGCAGCAAUAUGGCUAAGGAGUUAAAAUCUAGUGAGGAAAUCCGCACCCUAGCGGAGAAAGUGUUUGCAACAGAAGUUAUUAAUGUGGAAACCAAAGAUGAAAUAUCUCCCUUUGAUAUUGGGGAAAAUUGCCCAAUCUCGCACCAUGAGAUGAGAGAUCAUAUGAUCAUGCUGGAUACUAAGGAGGCUCAGGAGAAAAGAAAAAAACGCAUUCAGCGCCUGAAGACAAUUAUUGUUAAAGUCCCUGAGGUGGAAGAGCAACUUGCCCCUGAAACUAAGACAGAUGAUUCAACACCUCUGUAUUUGACUGUGCCAGAUUUUCAGAGAGUGGAGAUCACUGGAGACUAUGUAUCAGGGGUGACAUUGGAUGACUUUGAACUGGCAGGAAAGGGCAUAUAUCGUGCACUUUGUAUCAGAGAGAAAUACAUGCGUUAUUCCAUCCAGAGAUUUCCAAGAACUGUAGCUCAGUUUCUCCGCGAAAUUGAGGGAGGAUCCUGGAAGGAAGAAGAUGAGAUUUAUCCAGACAUCACUCCCCCACCACAGAGGGAUGAAGAUCCUUUUAGAAUAGACAACCUACCUUCUGACCUUGGAUACGAGUUGAAGAUAAAAGAUGGCGUUAUUCACAUCUAUGCAAACAAAGAUGCGGUUAAGAAACAUCAACCAAAGGAUUAUGGUUACCCCCACCUGGACACCUUUAUAGAAGAUAUGAAUUUUCUAAUUAUGCUCAUUGCCCAAGGACCUGUUAAGACAUACAGCCAUCGACGUCUUAAGUUCUUAUCAUCUAAGUACCAGGUACAUGAAAUGUUGAAUGAAAUGGAAGAGCUGAAGGAGCUGAAAAAUAAUCCACACCGAGAUUUCUACAACUGCAGGAAGGUAGACACCCAUAUCCAUGCAGCAGCGUGUAUGAAUCAGAAGCAUCUUCUGAGAUUCAUCAAGAAGUCCUAUCGGGUGGAUUCAGAACGGGUGGUGUACAAUGCUAAAGGCAAAAAGCUGACUUUAAAAGAAGUGUUUGAGAGCCUAAAACUUCACCCUUAUGAUCUCACAGUGGAUUCCUUAGAUGUCCAUGCUGGUAGACAAACCUUCCAGAGAUUUGACAAAUUUAAUGCAAAAUAUAAUCCAGUUGGGGCCAGUGAAUUAAGAGAUCUGUAUUUGAAAACUGAAAAUUGUAUUGAUGGGGAAUAUUUUGCCACGAUCAUUAAGGAAGUUGGCUCCGAUCUGGAAGAUGCCAAGUAUCAAUACGCUGAACCUCGUCUCUCCAUUUAUGGACGCUCUCCAGAAGAAUGGACCAAGCUUGCUCAAUGGUUUAACAAGCAGAGAGUGUAUUCCCCUAAUAUGAAAUGGAUGAUUCAAGUGCCAAGAAUUUAUGAUAUAUUCAGAGCUCAAAACUUUGUACCUCACUUUGGAAAAAUGCUGGAGAACAUAUUUAUGCCAGUAUUUGAAGCCACAAUCAAUCCAAACGCUAACAAAGAACUCAGCGUUUUCCUGAGACAUAUAACAGGCUUUGACAGCGUUGAUGAUGAGUCUAAACAUAGUGGCCACAUGUUUUCUUUCAAGAGCCCAAAGCCCCAAGAAUGGUCUAUUGAGAAGAAUCCAUCCUACACUUAUUAUAUCUACUAUAUGUAUGCUAAUAUCAGAGUGCUUAACAACCUGAGAAAGGAAAGGGGAAUGAACACUUUCCUGUUCCGUCCUCACUGUGGGGAGGCUGGUGCAAUCACUCACUUACUCGCUGCAUUCAUGACAGCAGAUAAUAUUUCUCAUGGAUUGAACUUGAAAAAGAGCCCAGUGCUACAGUACUUGUAUUUUCUGUCUAAAAUCCCCAUUGCAAUGUCACCUCUGAGUAAUAACAGCCUGUUCCUGGAAUAUGCCAAGAAUCCCCUACUAGAUUUCCAUGCUAAAGGCCUGGUGGUUUCACUGUCUACUGAUGAUCCAAUGCAGUUCCAUUAUACCAAGGAACCUUUAAUGGAGGAAUAUGCCAUCGCUGCUCAGGUCUUCAAACUCAGCACCUGUGAUAUGUGUGAGAUAUCAAGGAACAGUGUUCUGCAGUGCGGUUUAUCCCACAAGGAAAAAGUACGUUUCCUGGGUAGCGACUAUCACAAGGAGGGGCCUGCAGGCAAUGAUAUUCGCAAGACAAAUGUGGCUCAGAUCAGGAUGGCUUAUAGAUAUGAGACCUGGUGCUAUGAGCUCAACUUGAUUCUUCAAGCUAUGAGAGCUGCAGAAUGAGAAGCCCGGCACUGAUAUCCCCAUCUAACGAUAAUUAUUUAUUGUGUGGAACUUUCAUACAUUGUGCUACACAACAUCAACAAAAAUAAAACAACACAAUAAUAAAGCAAAUAAACAGUUAUUGAAAUAUAUUCCACUGAUUAAUGUAUGUUUGGUUUAUCAGUGUAAAGUGUUAAAGGGACAGUCUAGUCAAAAUUAAACUUUCAUGAUUCAGAUAGGGCAUGUCAUUUUAAACAACUUUCCAAUUUAUUUUUAUCAUCACAUUUGCUUUGUUCCCUUGGUAUUCUUUGUUAACAACUAAACCUAGGUAGGUGCAUGUACUAAUUUCUACGCUCUUAUCUCAGUGCGCUCUGACAGUUUUUCCCAGCUAGAUGGUGCUAGUUCAUGUGUGUCAUUUAGAUAACAUGGUGCUUACUCCCGUGGAGUUAUUUGAGUCAACGCUGACUGGCUAAAAUGCAAGUCUGCCAAAGAACUGAGAUAAGGGGGCAGAGGUUUAGAUACAAGGUAAUUACAGAGGUAAAAAGUAUGUUAAUAUAAUCGUGUUGCAAAACUGGGGAAUGGAUAAUAAAGGGAUUAUCUAUAUUUUUAAACAAUAAACAUUUUCAAGUAGACUGUCCCUUUAAAUCAUGAUUUUAAGGGACAUGAAACCCAAUUUUUUUUCUUUAGCGAUUUAAAUAGAGCAUACAAUUUUAAACAACUUUCCAAUGUUUUAUUAUUUUUGCUUCAUUCUCUUGGUAUCCUUUACUGAAGAAGCAGAAAUCCACUAUUAGGAGCUACUAUUUGAACACAUUUGUAAUCCAAUGACAACAGGCAUAUAUGUGCAGCCACCAUUCAGCAGCAAGCUCCCAACUCCUGAGCCUACCUAGGUAUUCUCUUCAACAAAGGAUACUAAGAGAACAAAGCAGAUUAGAUAUUAAAACUAAACUGAAAAUUCAUUUUAAAUUGUAUGAUCUAUCUCAAUCAUUAAAGAAAAAGGUUGGGUAUCAUGUCCCUUUAAAUCAAUUUGAUUUAAAUCAAAGCCAACCUUGUACACUCCAAUAAUAUUUAAAUUGUUUUAACAAUUAAGUUAUUGCUGUCAAAAUUAAAGUUUGCAAUGAAAAAUA